CUAUAUCUUUUACGAAAACUAUAUCUUUUUCAUCAGAGAGUUCUUUCUCAAAAACUAUUUACACAUCAAAAAUAAAAUCAAAAUAAAUUGUUGUGAUCAUAGAGUUCUCUUGCACCAAUGAGUGCUCCAAAGUUUGGUUAUGUAUUACUAUUGAUUGUAUUAAUCAAUAUUAGCAAUAAUGGCGUCGAUGCAUUUCACAAAGUUUUCAAGAAAUUGCAAUCAAAAUCGACAUCAUUGGAGUCAGUAAGUCCUCUUCACAGAACCGCUUAUCACUUUCAACCUCCCCGCCAUUGGAUCAACGGUACAACAUAUCUCCAAUGCUCUACAAGGGAGUUUACCAUCUCUUCUACCAAUACAAUCCCAAAGGUGCGGUUUGGGGUAACAUUGUGUGGGCUCACUCGGUUUCUAAGGACUUGAUCAAUUGGGAAGCCCUUGAACCAGCCAUUUACCCAUCCAAAUGGUUCGACAUCAACGGUACAUGGUCCGGUUCAGCUACCCACGUACCGGGAAAAGGACCGGUUAUCCUCUACACCGGUAUCACCGAGAACCAGACUCAGAUUCAAAACUACGCCAUUCCACAAGAUCUUUCCGACCCAUACCUCAAGACAUGGAUAAAGCCAGACGAUAACCCCAUCGUAAAACCCGAUAAUGGCGAGAACGGAUCCGCUUUCCGUGACCCGACCACGGCUUGGUUCAACAAAAAAGAUGGGUAUUGGAGAAUGCUUGUUGGCUCAAAGAGAAAGAACAGAGGAAUUGCUUAUAUGUACAAGAGCCGUGACUUCAAAAAAUGGGUCAAAAGCAAACGUCCUAUCCACUCAAGAAAGAAAACCGGUAUGUGGGAAUGUCCCGAUUUCUUCCCGGUAUCCGUAACCGACAAGAAAAACGGUUUGGACUUCAGCUACGACGGUCCAAACGCCAAGCAUGUGUUGAAGGUUAGUUUGGACUUGACCAGAUACGAGUACUACACUCUUGGAACGUAUGACACCAAGAAGGAUCGUUACAGGCCAGACGGUUACACUCCUGACGGUUGGGAUGGUUUGAGAUUUGAUUAUGGUAACUACUAUGCGUCAAAGACAUUCUUUGAUGACAAGACGAACAGAAGAAUUCUUUGGGGGUGGGCCAAUGAAUCCGACACCGUUCAAGAUGAUACCGUGAAGGGUUGGGCCGGAAUUCAGCUUAUCCCAAGAACAAUCUUGCUUGACUCUAGCGGUAAGCAACUCGUGUUUUGGCCUAUUGAAGAGAUUGAGUCAUUGAGAGGAAAGAAUGUCCAAAUGACCAACCAGAAAAUGGAGAUGGGCCAACGCUUUGAGGUCCAAGGAAUCACUCCUGCUCAGGUGGAUGUGGAUGUGACAUUCAACGUUGGAAAUCUAGAGAAGGCCGAAAAGUUUGACGAAAGCUUCGCAACUAAACCACUAGAGUUAUGUAACUUGAAAGGUUCGAAUGUGAAUGGUGGAGUUGGUCCUUUUGGUUUGAUCACGUUGGCUACAUCUGACUUAGAAGAAUACACUCCUGUUUUCUUUAGAGUCUUCAAAGAUGCCGCAUCCAACAAGCCUAAGGUUCUCAUGUGCUCUGACGCCAAGCCUUCGAGUCUCAAAAAAGACACCGGGACUGACGCCAAGGAGAGGAUGUACAAACCAUCGUUUGCUGGUUUUGUGGAUGUCGGUCUCCUUGACGGAAAGAUCUCUCUAAGGAGUUUGAUUGAUCACUCGGUUGUGGAGAGCUUUGGAGCAAAAGGAAAGACAGUGAUAACAUCUAGAGUGUAUCCGACAAAAGCAGUAGGAGAAAAAGCUCAUUUGUUUGUCUUUAACAACGGCUCACAACCUGUGACCGUAGAGAGCCUCAAUGCAUGGAACAUGCAGAAGCCUCUGAAGAUGAACCAAGGUGCAAAGUGAUCACAUCAUUCUUUAAUUUUUUCGUUGACAAAUUUAAUUCAUUCGUUAAAACAGAGAGUCUGUCACAAUAUAUUGUAGAAAAAAGGAACCUAUUGUGUUUCUUUUACAAUCAAUACAAUUUGUACAUAGUUUAUCACUACUAACAAUGUAUUGAUCUUAUAUUUUAUUAAUGAAACACGUCUCCUAAUC